CGGUGCUUCUUUUUGCUGUCUGGUUUCUGCUGAGGUCUUGUUGCUGGGAGGAGCAUUGAAGGUGAAGCCGGAAUUUGCGACUGCGACCGCGAGCGCCAUAUCGCGAUCUUGAGAGCGGAAAGAAGGUGAAGAGCGGGGUCCAAACGCAGGAGACUGCCAGGAAAGAGCAUUGGGAAAGAGCGCGCCGCGUCGACCUCGACCCUCACGAUGCGCCAACCAUGCGCAUCCCACCUCCUCCUCCUCACCACAACCUUCACCCUCACAACCCCAACCCUCGCCCAACUCCUCUCCGGCGCCCCCGGAAACUCCCCCUCAGGCUCAAACGGCAACACCCUCUCCAACCAACUCUGCAACAAAACCUUCUCCCUCGCCAACAGCACCGGCUUCUACCCUUUCUCACCCUACGUAACAGACGCCAACAUCCCUCUAACCUGGGCCGGCACAGUCUUCCAAUCCAACACCAGCACCUCCCUCUCCUCCUCCCCCCGCGUCGAAUUAUCCCUCUGGUUCAACACCGGAAACCAAAACUAUUCCGACUCCAACGCCUUGGGCUAUGAUGCAUGCUACCUCUUCCCGGGUGGUUUAGCCCUCACAGCCGCUUUCAAAGGACAAAAUGAUACCGGGGAUUGUAUCGCGACGAUGGAUGAGACUUGUGUUGGGGAGAUGAUCGACUUGACGAAUCUGUAUUCCGCUCGAAUUACAGGCCUGCCCACAGGAUUAAAUUCUUCUUCCUUGCCGAAUGUAUGCAAUCAACUCGCUCGCGAUCUGACACAGAAUUUUCCCGAGAGUUGUAAACCAUUCUUCAACUCAACUGGCGCGGCUCCAUACACCAUUUUUGGAGGGACACCUGCUCUGGGAGGACCAUUAACAGGAGAAGAUUCUCUCGUUCAAGAAUCGAGUUGUACACUGGAAGAUGAUGUGAACGGGGCAAAUGGAGGCAAUUAUAGCCUGAUGUGGACGCAAUUUGGAGAGAACACGCUGUUCAAUUACUUUGCGGCGAAUUAUUUGGUGGUACCGUUGAUCACGGCUUUCAUGCCGAUUGCGAAUGAGGACCGGCCGGUGACGUUGGGGUCGUCCAAGGCAUUCAUGUCGUGCGGGAGAGCGAAGAAUUUGACUGAGGGGAGCUUGCCUAUACCAGAUGCGGCGGAAGCAGCAGCCUCGAUAGGUAUACCUGUGGGAGGGAACACGACCGGGAAUGGUGAAGCACCUGCGGCGGGCAAUGCCACAGGAGCAGCGAGUGAUGCAAGUGGGGAUGAUGAGGGCAUCAGUGGAGGCGCGAUUGCGGGCAUCGUGAUCGGUGUUGUCCUUGGUCUUGCUCUGAUUGGGGCGGCAUUGUGGUUCUUCGUGAUCAGAAAGAAGCGGAGAAGCCAUUCCGGUAUGGCGGAACUGAACGGCCAUGAAGAAAGCAAGAGCAAAGACGCGCGGCAGUAUUCUGUCGAGGCGCCAAACGAACAUGCGGUCUCAGAGAUGGGAGGCGCGUAUCCUGAACAUGGGCAAACGGGAUGGAACCAGUCGCAAGCGGUCGAGUUGCCAACGUAUCGUAAUCCUGCAGAGCUUGACGGCAAGUAGCUUACGUAUAGCGCUACGCAUUCUUGCAUGUUUGUCGUACCGAUCGUGGUAGUCAAUGUCUGGAAGGGUAUGACGUGCUGCGAUAUUCGAUCUGUUGAACUGUGUAAGCGUCUCAGCAACAUUAGUAUACUCCUCACAAGCAGUAUUGGAAGCAUGUGUUGUUCUCUUGAUACCAAGAUAUUACUGAGACACGAUGUCAUCGGUGCCGGUGUUGGGUUGUGCCUGAGGUUAAUCGAAGGACUGGACGCCUGAUCGGUGGCUGUGACUGGAAACAUGCAGCGCGCAAACUUCCAAGUUUGCGACACCACAACAUCGUCAUUGUAAAAUUUGUACAACGCAUCACGAUGGAUCGUGUGGCGACGCGAAGCAUGAUUUGCGAGAUCUGGUCUCACAGCCACGCGCCACCACUGCGCCCACCAG